CUGUAAUAUAAGAGCUUGUAUUUAGCAAGAGUGAAGAUCAAAUUGUGAUUUCGUAGUUCACCAUUCAGUCUGUGAUUUGCGCGAUCGUUUGAGAAAUUUGUAUUUUUUUAUUUUAAAAAGCGUUUGAUUAUUUUUUCGAAAUGGCUGCGUUUAAAUUGAUUAUUUUUUUGGCGAUUUCUAUGGCUUUUGUGAUGUCUGUCCGUUGCCAAGAUGAAUUCAAUGAAGAAAUAGAAACUGGACUCGGCGAUCGUACUAGUGAUGUUUCAGUCAGUCCUGGUCUAGUAAACGGAACAACCCCCGAUGGGAAAGGAGGAUUCAUCAACUGCGUUAAAGAGAAAGUGAAGAAAGUUGUAGACAGAGGAAAACAAGUAGUCAAAGCAGCGGGUGAAGCUAUUUCGAAGGGAUACAACGAUUUCAAAGCUAAAGCUAAGGAUAUCAUCGGAAAGAAACAACCAGAAUCGAUGUCCCCGUCUUCGCCCAAGGAUCCGAACCAGAACCAGCCAACACCAUUCUCACCCUCAGAAUCAUAUCCUUAUCCAUCAGCCCCGAUUCCUGGACAAGGACAACAAAAUUCGCGUACUGAGCAAUCAACCUCUGAAGAUCCAUAUGAAUUAAUAGAUCAGCGUAAUGGUUUCAAGAACUAGGUUCCUUUUUUAAUUUUUAAGUACCUACCUAAUUUUAAGGCUACCUAUUUUAAUUACCUUGAUCGUUAAAUGAUCGAGUAUUUUGUACAGAUUUUUUUCAUGUCAGUCGUUUUUUAAAAUAAAUUAUUUCGAAAUUUUGAAAAUAA